CUAUGGUAACUUCCGUCCCCUCGUUUACGUGCGUUGGCUUGGGUCAGAUAGAGAAAUUGCCGCCAUCAUGAUGAACAGCGGUGGAAUCGGGGUCCCCCUCGGCUUUCCUUUAACUCCUACUUCGGUUAUUCAAGUCACUAAUUUAUCCUCCGCGGUUACUAGUGAGCAGAUGCGGACGCUCUUCGGUUUCCUAGGUGACAUUGAGGAGUUGCGCCUUUACCCUCCGGACAAUGCACCGCUCGCUUUUUCUUCCAAAGUAUGUUAUAUUAAGUUUCGGGAGUCUUCAAGUGUUGGUGUGGCCCAGCAUCUAACAAAUACAGUUUUUAUUGACAGAGCUCUGAUAGUUGUACCCUGUGCAGAAGGUUGGAUCCCAGAUGAAGCCAAAGCCCUCUCUCUGGCUCCUGCUCCAACAAUGAAGCUGAUUCCUGGUGGAGGAUUGCUUCCUAUUCCAACGCCUCCUGUGAAUUCAAUAGGAAUUUCCCGGUCCCUAGGAGCUAUACCAGCAACAGCAUUGGAUCAUAACAUUACAGCCAUUGGAGACAUACAGCCACCCAUUAUGGGCAAUGUGGAUCCUUCCAAGAUUGAUGAAAUUAGAAGGACUGUAUAUGUGGGAAACUUGAAUUCCCAGACUACAACAGCUGAUCAGUUGCUUGAGUUUUUCAAGCAAGUUGGAGAAGUGAAGUUUGUGCGGAUGGCAGGUGACGAAACCCAGCCAACACGCUUUGCCUUUGUGGAAUUUGCUGACCAGAAUUCUGUACCUCGAGCUCUUGCCUUUAAUGGAGUUGUGUUUGGAGACAGACCAUUGAAAUUUAACUCCCCCUCCAUAUCACAAUAUGCAAAGAAAAGGACUGAUUAUUCCUCAGGGAAUAAAAAGAUAAAAAGAUCAAAUAAACACUCCAAUAAUGCAAUAGUGAAGCCACCUGAAAUGACACCACAAGCUGCUGCAAAGGAGUUGGAGGAAGUGAUGAAGAGAGUACGGGAAGCUCUCUUUAUAUCCGCUGCUAUUGAGCCAGAGUCUGGAAAGAGCAGUGAAAGAAAAGAUGGUCGAUCGCGUUCCCAUUCACGUUCAGAAUCCAGAUCUAGUUCAAAAUCUCGAAGGAAAAGAUCACACUCAAAACUCAGGAGUAGAUCCCGUGGUAGAUCACUCUCUACAAAGGACAGACGCAGAUCCAAAAGUCCACUCAAAAAGCGUUCAAAGUCUAAAGAACGCCGAAGAUCAAGAAGCAGCUCUCCUUCUCGGGAGAAGAGGAAAGAAAGCAAAGAGAGGAUUAGAGAAAAGGAAAAGAUUAGAGAGAGAGACAGAGAUAAAGAAAAAGAGAAGGAUAGAGUUCGAGAAAAGGAUAGCGGCAGGGAAAAAGAUAGAGGCAGAGAAAAGGAGAGGGAGAGAGAGAGGGAGAAGGAGAAGACCAAGGAUAGAGAGAAGGACCGAAUGAAAGAUAGGGAUAAGGAGCGAGAAAAAGACAAGGACAAGGAGAAAGAAAAGAGAAGGAGAAAGCAUCAGAUAUGGAAAAAGACCAAAAGGGAAGAUUUGGACAAAGAAAAGGAAAAGGAGAGAGAGAUAGAAGGACACAAAGAGAAGGAUGACAAAGAACAUAUCAGAGAAAAGGAGGAAGAGAAAGGAAAGGAAGGAGAAAAGGACCAUGAAAGAGAUAAAGAAGGGGAGAAAGCAAAAUCAAAAGACAAAGAAAGAGAUCGAGACAGAGACAGAGAAAGAGAUGAAAAAAAGAAAAAGGAGAGGAUCGAAACACCCCCUAGAAGUUAUAGUUCUUCAAGAAGAUCACGUAGUUCUAGCAGAGAUCGAAGGAAGAGGAAUAGCCGAAGUCCUUCAAAGUCUCCCAGAUCAUCCAAAAUCACAAAAAGGAAAUCAUCUCGGACUCCAUCUCCAAGGAGAAGCAAGAAAGACAGAAAAACAGAGAAGGAGAAAGAUGUAAGUAAUGAUCGAGAAAGAGAGAGGGAGAGAUCUACCUCAAAGCAAAAGAGUAGUAAAGACAAAGAGGUCAAAGAAGAAAUCAGAUAUAAAACCGCAAUUGUGAAGGAUAAAGAUCUCAGUAAAGAGAAUCAAAAUUCUGACAUCAGUAAAGCAGCAGAGGAAGAAGACACAACAAUUGCAGCAGAAAUUGAACAACAACAGAAUGGGAACUGCCAACCAAAUGAAGACACGAUCUCAGUUAAAACUGAAGAUGUGUAGAAUAUUGAAUGGACCUUUGACCCAUUUUGCAAAAGAAAUACAAAACCUUUUGUUUGAUCUCCAAAAUACAUCAAAAGAGGAUAAAAAAAUUAAGCAAUCAACUGACCAUACCAAAUUCUGCUAGCAGCUACUCCAGUCUUGGUGGUUUGGUCAGCUUGAGGACUGACAAGAAGCAGGACUCUGACCAAUAGGAUAU